UCAUUCUCUUCGAUCGCGCACACGAUGACUCGCCUGUGACAGUGCGCUGCUUGUGGAUUUCAUGAAUUUGAAAAUUAAAUGUCAGGUGUCAAAGGUGUCAAACUGACCACGGGAACACUCAUCGAGUGUCAACGAAUUGAAUUUGAGUGGAAAUUUCAAUAGAAAAACUAUAGAAAUUAAGGUUGGUUAUGAUGCAAAAUGUUUGAAUUCUGCGACGAAGUUUGGUCGCGUCGGUCGUGUUUGAGAACGAAAGGGUCGAACUGUCAAAAAUAACUUCAACGCUGAUUAAGAUGAAAGACAAUGAUUAUUUGACACGAUCUUCGCGAAGUAGCAUGUCAAAUUCACCGUCUGUUGUGGAUCUCAAAGUAGAUCCAGCCAGAAGAAAGUUCCCAUUCUGUAUUGUUUGGACUCCGAUACCUGGGCUGACAUAUUUGUUCCCAUUUAUUGGUCACAUGGGAAUAGCAACUUCGACAGGUAUAAUACGAGAUUUUGCUGGCUCCUAUCAUGUGUCCGAAGACAGAAUGGCAUUUGGACAACCCACAAAAUAUUGGCAACUUGAUUAUAAUCAUGUAAGAGGCGGCCAAGAUGGUUGGGAUUCGGGUGUUGCAGAAGCUAGUGCUAUUUAUCAAACUAGAACGCACAACUUGUGUUGUGACAAUUGUCACUCUCAUGUUGCAACAGCUCUUAACAUAAUGAACUAUAAAAGUUCUUCUAACUGGAAUAUGGUCAAAUUGGCAUUUUUUAUGCUCAUCCAUGGAAAAUAUGUCAGUUUCUGGAGUUUCUUGAAGACUUGGUUACCGUUCUUGAUCAUCGUAGGUCUCAUUGUGUUGUACUGUGUGUUUCCAUGAUUUAAAAAAUAUUCCUUAAAUAUUAGAGGUGGUGAAAAAUCGUAUACUUAUACUUGACGAUUAUUUAUUCAACCAACAUCAGAAUUUUUUUUCCAUUAUGCAGCAGAAAAAUUAUGCUCAUGAGGAAAAAUGUACACACAAAGCUUCAAUCUACACAGCGCAAAUAACAUUCUCGAAUUUUACGCAAUUAUUGAAUAUAGUUAGGGACAUACGAGAAAAUAGAAUAUUUCAAGGAGUUCAACGCUUUUAGGUAAUUCAACAAUUUUCCAUUGCGAAGGAACGUUUAUUUCUAUUUUGGCUACUCCCCUUAAAAACAAGUUUUACUUCAAUCGGUAAUUAGAGACUUUUGUAAUUUCUUAAAAAAUUAUGCAUCGAAUUGAAUGAUCUCAUAAGAAAAUAAAUGAAAAAUACAAAACUAAAAUAACUGUAUUACGAAGUGAAGAAACUUCUGCAUCUUAUUAAAAUACGUGAACACAAGAAUUCUUGUAUUAAUUGUAAAUAAAGAAUACAAAUUUAAUUAUA